AAAGCACGAGUGCAUAAAAAGGCUCAAGUGCACGAGGAAGAGGAAGCAGCAGAGGAAGAGGACCCAGCAGUUCAGUGUACCGCAACAUCAGCACACUUUUUUUUUUUGGCCAUCUGCAAGGACACUGGAGAAGGAGCUGAGGGAGAAUCUAACCUUGAGUAGGUGGACUUAUCAGCGCCGCCUUUGGACCUUGAUCCCACGCUUAUGUGUGUGUGGGGGGGAUGUGGCACCACUGAUCACUUGCAAAGACAAACUCCUGGGCUGCUCCUCUUCUACUCCUGAAAGGGGCCGGAAAUGCGAAGAACAAGAAUAAUAUUUUAGAUUGCAGGGUGAAGAACAGGGUGAAGAACAGCCUGACUCAUCAUCAUCAAGCUUCAUUUGUAGUUCCUGGUGCUGGUGGGCGGCGGGGCUCUAGAUGAUGAACUUUGGAAAACACAUGGCAGGAGACCAUCUCAGAUAGCCGCAGACAUUUCGGAGAGCCAUUUGGCCUCGGCGGGUUCAGAUCCUAACCAGACGACUGGAAAAAGAGUGCCUGAGACAAACACGGACAGAAUGUCCUUUCGUCCACUUCCAACAGAGGACCCCCCCAAAGGCCGGCCCCCCUCCGUAAAGGCAGAAGAAUCACAGGAGUCCAUGAAGCUGAAGAAGGAGAUCUCCCUCCUCAAUGGGGUUUGCUUGAUCGUGGGCAACAUGAUUGGCUCGGGCAUCUUCGUGUCGCCCAAGGGCGUCCUCAUCCACAGCGCCUCCUACGGCCUGUCGCUGGUGGUGUGGACCGUCGGCGGCAUCUUUUCCAUCUUUGGGGCGCUGUGCUACGCGGAGCUGGGGACCACGAUCACCAAAUCGGGGGCCUCCUACGCAUAUAUCCUGGAGGCCUUCGGGGGCUUCCUGGCCUUCAUCCGCCUGUGGACGUCGCUGCUCAUCAUCGAGCCCACCAGCCAGGCCGUCAUCGCGAUCACCUUCUCCAACUACAUGGUGCAGCCCAUCUUCCCCAGCUGCAUAGCACCGUACGUGGCCAACCGGCUGCUGGCGGCCGCUUGCAUAUGUUUGUUGACCUUUGUCAACUGCGCCUACGUGAAAUGGGGAACCAGGGUGCAGGACUUCUUCACCUACGCCAAAGUCAUUGCCCUCAUUGCGGUCAUCAUCACGGGACUGGUCAAGAUCGUCCGAGGUCACACACAGAACUUUGAAGGCCUCUUUGACGGGUCAUCGCAGGAUCCCGGAGACAUCGCUUUGGCUCUCUACUCUGCUUUGUUCUCCUACUCCGGAUGGGACACGCUCAACUUUGUCACUGAGGAGAUCAAGAACCCAGAAAGGAAUCUUCCACUGGCCAUCGCCAUUUCCAUGCCCAUCGUCACGGUCAUCUACAUUUUGACUAACGUGGCCUACUAUGCCAUUCUGCCCAUGAACGCCAUCUUGGACAGUGACGCUGUUGCUGUGACGUUCGCAGACCAGGUGUUUGGCGUGAUGAACUGGACCAUCCCCUUCGCAGUGGCUCUGUCUUGCUUCGGCGGACUCAACGCUUCCAUCCUGGCGUCCUCCAGGCUGUUCUUCGUGGGCUCCAGAGAGGGCCACCUGCCCGACUGCCUGUGCAUGAUCCACGUACAGCGCUACACGCCCAUCCCAGCGCUGCUCUUCAAUGGUGUCAUGGCUCUCAUCUACUUGUGUGUGGAGGAUGUCUUCAGGCUCAUCAACUACUAUAGCUUCAGCUACUGGUUCUUUGUGGGCCUUUCCAUUCUGGGACAACUGUACCUGCGCUGGAAGCAGCCAGACAGGAAGAGGCCGUUGAAGCUCAGCCUCGUCUAUCCCGUCCUUUUCUGCCUCCUCACCGUCUUCCUGGUAGUGGUGCCGCUGUACAGUGACACCGUCAACUCCUUGAUUGGCAUUGGCAUCGCCCUGUCUGGCGUGCCCGUUUACUUCCUCUGCUGCUACACUCCCGCCCACAAGAGGCCCCUGUGGUUACGGAGCGCCAUUGCUCAGUCCGGGGUGCUCAUCCAGAAGGUGUGCUUCUCGGUUUUAACGGAAAUGGACGUCCAUCACGACGACUGAAUACACACACACACACACACACACCCAACUCAAGGUGAAAGUUUUCUGUGAGAUUUCAUGUGUGGCUUCACAUGCCUUGAGAGAUCUAUUUUGAAAUACGAAAGACGAUACGGUUAUUGUAUCUCCACUCGAACCAUUGUUCUUCAUUGUCUCUGCAGCAUUGAGAGCAUUGAGCUAUUUAUAAUAAAACGUUGAGGGAAAGGAUUUGUGUCAAGUGCUUUUCCAGUUUAAUGUAAAUAGCAUACGUACAUGGUGACAACAUAUCCAAAAAUAUGCACACUACACAAUUUAUUCCAUGAUGUCCUUCCACGGCCUCGUCUCGGUUGCGGCCUUCUUGUCUUUAGUGGACGGCGCAGGGUUCUGCUGCAGAGGAUUGUGGGUAAAUGUCUGCCUCAGUGGACCUGAGAAAGAAAGAAUUUUAAAAAAUGUACCCUUGAGUGAUGUCCGUCUUGCCAAAGCAAUUAGACUUCAACGUGUGUCAGUGGAAUUGAAUCCAGAACCUACAGUAGAUUGUUCAUUACUCAUCUUUGCAAAGCGUUACACAGUGGGAGAGAAAACAAAAAACACCUCACCUGCUAUUGAUGACAAAUCACGCUCACUCAUCCCGACAAAACAAGGAAAAUUUGGUGACAAAAUGAUUACUCUCUUGUUUUCAGCUCAGCUGCUUCUGCACCAGAGACAAACUUACAGCUUUGGCUGCUGUAUUCAUGUGUUUUAUGAUUAUUAUAGUAUUUAUUUAUGUGUGCAAAGAUCCCAGGCUGACAUAUUUGCACAGGUGGGUAGAGUACCCAGAUAUUGUACUCAAGUAAGAGUACUGUUACUUUAGAAUAAUAUGACUCAAGUAAAAGGAAAACAUCGUCAUCCAAAUAUUUAAGAAUAAGUACUCAAUGAAAAAAGUACAAGAGUAACUUGUGAGUAACUUCAGAUUAUUAUUAUUAUUUUUUUUAUAAAUCAGAGCAUGAUCAUCAAAUGAAAUUAAAAAUAAUAUAUGGGAGUACACACACACACACACACACACACACACACACGCCACCAUUUCACUUUUUAAUUGCCCAAAAACCAACACCACAUACAUUGGGCAGGAUAGAAAUAUUAUUUGCUUUAUUCACUUAAAUGACUUCAUGGACAAGCUGUAUGCUAACCAGACUUAGUGAUUGUGUGUGCGUGUGCGACACCAUAGGGGUAGUACUCAUUUUGCCAUAUCCACUGCCAAAACAACAAUAGAAACAUCUGCCACUUAACCACAUUGUUUUCUCAAGUUAAAAGUGGGCUGAAAUAUCCAAGUUUAACAAUUUAAGAGCUGCAUGACAAAGCUGUUGCUUUUUGUUCUGUAAACGCACUCGCGCGGUUGGGUUCCACGGAUGGAUGCCACUUCUCCAGAAAUGGCAUUUGAAAGCCCGCUUGGCCUUUGCAAAUGAUUAUAUGGACAAAGAAGGAGAUUUCUGGUCUCCUGUUUUAUGGUCAGAUGAAACAAAAAUUGAAUUGUUUGGCCACAGUGAUGUAUCCUUUAUUUGCCGUAAAAAGGGGGUUGCCUUCAACCCUAAGAACACCAUCUUCCCACUGUCACACAUGGUGGUAGGAACCUAAUGCUUCGGGGCUGUUUUUCAGCCGAUGGACCAGGGAAACUAAUCACAGAAAACGACACCAUGAAAACACAGCAAUACAGGAACAACAACAUUGGGCAGUCUGCAGAGAAACGUGACCUUGCACAACUGGACAUUUUAGCACAACGAACAACCCAAAACACACAGCAAAAGUGCUGAAGAAAUGGUUAUAGGACAAAAACAGUAACGUUUUGCAGUGUCCCGGACAGAGUCCUGACUUGAAUCCAAUUGAGAAUCUGUGGAGGGAGCUAAAGAUUAGCGUGAUGGCUAGGAGACCCUGUUGUCGGUCAUCGCCCCACAUGAAUGGGCAAAAAAAUAUCAGUGGAGACAUGCAAAAUUAUAGGAAGCGUUUGAUUGCUGUAAUACCCAAUAAAGGCUUUUCUAUUGAUAUUUAGAGAAGGAUAGGAAGAAUUUUGGACAUGCCCCUUUUUGUUCAACUGUAUAUAAAAGCUGAAUUUAUAACCCCAGAAGAAAACUUGCUGGUUGAAUAAAAGUAACUAAGUCAAAAUUUGCCAGGGGUAUGGCUAAUACGGGCCUAACUAUCUAUAUGUUCAGUACACGUAUGUACUUCUAGAAGCUGCUUCUAUCCAUUGUAUGUAUUGUACGAUGUGUUUUUCUACAAAAGCCUUUGGAUUCGAUAAAGCUUUUUUUGCCCCAUAUCCUCACACCAUUGCUUUUAUUGAUCACAUUUUGAAACUUUUACACAGAGAAAAAUGCACAUCAUUUAAAAAAAUAACAGGAGUGUUAUUGUGGAUGGUACCAUACAACAAGACAUUGUCGCUCCUGAGGCACGAGCAGUUUUAUUUUCCAAUCCUUGAUCAUCAAAUUGUUUUCAAGUCAAAACCAUGUACUGACUGUAACUAUCCUUCCAAAUGAAAUAUGUCAUCCAAAAGGGUCAUUUGCAAAGACAUUUUGCCUUUUUAAUCAUAUAUGGGGGGUUCCAGGCUUUUGAGAUAAUUUUGUUCAUGUAAGUUAAAAAAAUAAAUUGUGCCGGCAUUACCAGAUAACUAGCAACGCUUUAUUGCUC